AUGCCAUUUAACCAACAGUUCAUUACCUUGAAUAAUGGAAACAAAAUUCCUGCAAUCGCCAUCAUCGGCACUGGUACCAGGUGGUAUAAAGAAGAGGAGACAGACGCUACUUUCUCAAACAGUUUAGUAGAGCAGAUUGUUUAUGCCCUUAAACUACCUGGCAUCAUUCACAUCGACGCCGCUGAGAUCUACAGAACAUAUCCAGAAGUUGGAAAGGCACUCAGCCUCACCGAAAAGCCAAGAAAUGAAAUAUUCUUAACGGACAAGUAUUCUACUCAGAUUAAGGUAUCUGAAUCUCCAGCCGUAGGACUAGAUAUCGCAUUGAAGAAAAUGGGCACUGACUAUGUCGAUUUAUAUCUUUUGCAUAGCCCGUUUGUCUCCAAAGAAACUAAUGGGUUUACUUUGGAGGAAGCUUGGAAGGAUAUGGAGCAACUGUACAGAUCCGGCAAGGCCAAAAAUAUUGGUGUGUCCAACUUUGCCAUGAAAGACUUGGAAAGGAUCCUGAAGGUUGCAGAAAUCAGGCCCCAAGUUAAUCAAAUCGAAUUUAGCCCCUUUUUGCAGAACCAAACACCAGGGAUUUACAAAUUUUGCCAAGAAAAUGAUAUAUUGCUAGAAGCAUACUCACCACUAGGCCCUCUUCAAAAGAGAACCACGAAAGAUGAGUCCCUGCCAUUUUUUGAAUAUGUGAAAGAGUUGUCUGAGAAAUACAUCAAGUCUGAAGCUCAAAUCACCUUACGUUGGGUAACUAGGCGCGGCGUAUUACCUGUCACCACAUCUUCCAAACCUCAAAGAAUUUCUGACGCUCAAAACUUAUUUUCUUUUGACUUGACCGAUGAGGAAGUUAAUCAGAUAACUGAGUUGGGCCUAGAGCACGAACCCUUAAGACUGUAUUGGAAUAAAGUCUAUGAUAAAUACAACUACGCUGCCCAGAAGGUAUAA